AUGGAGGCUGGCGGUGGUGGUGGAGCUGCAAGAAGGCAGACUCCUUUCUCAAUUGCAGGUAGUGCCUGGAGACCAGCAGAGAGCUGUGUGGUGUUAACCUCAGUCAGCAUGUACCGGAAGCUGCAGGCCCCUCAACCCCAGGCUCCGCUAAGCCUGGAUCCUGAAGACAAAAUGAGCAAAGGGGCUGAUAGGUGGGCGGAGGCCGGAUCCCCAACUGAAGCUGCUCCCCACCAGCUGGGCUUCUUGCCCAUGAGCGGACGGCUCCUGAAAUCCGAAUCGGAAGACUCUGGCGUGGAGAUGGCCAGCAACGAUCACUCCCCUUCGACCCCGAUAGGAUCCGAAAAGAGCUUUUCUUUGGACUGCCUAGAUGGCCUCCAGCUGACAGUAGAAGAUGAUCCUUGUCCAGCCCCUCGGGAGGAUUGCCCAAAAGAACACAGGCCAGAGGAACCGGUGCCCGCUCAAGAUCGUGCCUACCGACGGAAUCUCUCCGUCAGCAAGAAGCUUGCCCAGGUGGUCCAGCGCUCCCAGAAGCACCGCUUGCCUGUCCGUUCACCCAGGCAGCUGACCCAGAGACCUCGGAGCUUGGUAGAUUUGGAGGGGUUGAAGUCCUGCUACCCACACCGGCCAGCGAGUGUGGACGGGGGUCCGGAUGCUGCUUCUGGAGGACAUAGAGCCGUCUCGGGCUGCAGCACCCCUGAGGAGCAGAAAAUAGAAGAAGAGGCACAGCAGCCAACCUCCCUUCCCAUGCCGGGACAAGGUCUGCGCUACCUGGAGCACAUCUGCCAAAUGCUGGAGAAAAUCGCCCAGCUGCAGAGAGCCAACAUGCAGCUCCACCAUCAGCGUCAAGUACUGGAGUGCCGGAUCCGGGCGCAGGAACUGGAGAAUGAGGGUUUUUCUGAAGACGUUCCAGAGGACUCCAAGCUGCCUCAAAUGGAUCCCCAGCCUGGCGAUCCAGCAGCCAUGGAGAUUGAAAAAGAGGAAGGAGAACAUUCCAGUUUGCUGGACUCCUGGCACCCUCACCUCUUCCGGACCCACUCUGCUUCAGACACACGCAUGUUGCGGAAACAAACCUGUAAUCUGGGGAGCAAGAUUGAUCGCUCUAGCAAGAUACCAGCUCACGCUGCCAGCUCGCCCAGCCUACUGGAUCAGCUAGAUGGCAACUCUCAUACUUUGCCACCAGGGAUAAAGCUUAAGAAUGACCACUCCCACUGGGGUAAAGUCAAGGUGUUGAUCAACAGAAUUACAAGGAAGUCUGCACAGACCAAUGAACUGACCCCAUCUAGUGACACAGCAUCCAACAGCAGGCACUGUCGAGCAGACAUUGUAUUAGACAAAGAAGGAUCCUAUCCAAGGCGGCAUUUUCUGCCCACUCUGGUGGCAAAAAAACAGCGACCGAAACAUCUUUCCAUGGGGUGAACUUCGAGUUCUCUUGGAGACAUGGCAGAUUUGCAAGUCCUGAUUUGACACUGUUGUGCCAAUAACUGUCUGUCCCUUCCUCACAAGCUUGUCUGAAUCCACCAGCUUCACCACCUGCUUCACUAAUAGUCAUGGAAUUUGAAUACUCUUCAGCAGAAGAUCGAUGAGGAGCAAGAGAUAUUCAGAGAAGAACUGAGACACAUGAGACCUGUUUUUGUUUUCUUUGAAUUGAAAUGAAAUGAAGGGUCUUGGGAUUCUUCCUAGCAAGGUUUCACAUUGCAUAGGGACCAAUGCAGUAAUGCAAACAAUCAUUCAAAAUGGCUUGGCAACUGUGGUUGUUAUACUGGCUUGCUAAUGACCAGAGUUUGUUUCAAUGUGCACAUUAGCAUAGCUGAAUCUUGAAUUGCAGUUCACUUUUUGAGAGAAACUACCAGUAUUAGCUUAGCACAGGGUUUUCAUUGCAGUCCUCACCAGUUUCAUUUUUAAACACACGGUUUGGAGCUGAUCCUCUGGAGAAAACUGGUUUUAGUGCACUGUGUUUGGGGCUGGUCCUCUGGAGAAAACUGGUUUUAUGCUGUACCGGGCACCUAAUCUCCAAAGUAUAAUUCACUUGGCACCCUGCUACUGUGUGUCUCUCCAUAAUGGCUUUUCUCUUGAGAUUUGAGGUUACUGCUUGGCUGGUUGUUUAGGGCUGUUGAUAUGAAAUAACUCGGUGUUUUGCAGACAGAGAAGAUGGCGUGAAGAGAAUGCUUCAUCUUCUGUCACCUCACGUAUCAGGAAAUCCCUGCAUUGCAGAAUGUGAAAUGACUUAUUAGUCUCCUCUGCCUUUUUUUAAUUAAACAAAUCUGACAUCCUC